AUGUCUUCAUUAGAUUGGCUGAGUGUAAGCGGUAUUCGUUCUUUUGAUCAUACCGGAGAACCGCAAAUUAUUAAAUUCUUUAAACCAUUGACAAUCAUUUUGGGAGCAAACGGAUCAGGAAAAACGACACUCAUUGAAUGUUUGAAAUGCGCUACCACUGGUGAACUCCCUCCGAAUUGUGAUAGAGGCAAAUCAUUCGUUCAUGACCCAAAAGUAUCAGGAGACACAGAAGUGAAAGGUCAAAUUAGAUUGCAAUUCAAAGCAGCGAAUAAGAAGAAAUAUAUUACAGUGCGUAGCUUUCAAGUGACGCAAAAAAAGAAAACUACACAAUUUAAACAAUUGGAAUCUGUUCUCUCUACAAAGGGAGAAGACGGGGAAACCAAAAGCAGUAGCUACAAAUGCACAGAUAUGGACAAAUUAAUUCCUGAACUAAUGGGCGUGAGCAAAGCAAUAUUGGAGAAUGUUAUCUUUUGUCACCAAGAGGACGUAAAUUGGCCACUCAGUGAAAGUACUGUACUAAAGAAAAAACUUGAUGAUAUCUUUUCUAGCACUAGAUAUUCUAAGGCUUUAGAAGCUAUCAAAAAAACCAAGAAAGACAUAACACAACAAUUAGCAGAGCAUGAAAAAGAUUUGGCUGUUUCAGAAACUGAACGAAAUCAAAGCGUUAAAUUGCGCAAGGAAGCAGAAAAUGAAGUAAUCAAGCUUCAAAAGUUGAAAGAAAAGAUUGAGGACUUGGAUGAAAAGUUGAAUCAAGUAAAUUCAGAGAUUGAGAAAUACGAAGGAGUUAUUCAAAAGGUUAAUGCUCUUAAACAAAAGCUUACAUCUGCAGACACUAAAAAGAAAAUGAUGGAAAAGGAUGUUGAAGAAAUGUAUCAAAACUUACAGCAAGAAUUCACUGAAACGGACGAAGAAGUGAAAAAGUUUGAAGAAAACUUCUCCAAGCAACUCGAACAAUUGAAACAAAGUCAAAAGCAGACUGAGAAUGAUCUUGCAAAGAAUGAAACAACCAAAAAGACCCUCAAUAACCAAAUGAAUACUCUUAAAGAAAGUAUGGGAAUGUUGAAGUCCCAAAAGGAAGCUCAUGAAGGCCGUAUUCAUGAUAUGAGCACUGAUAUUAUGGUCUUCUCACAAAGAUAUCACAUACCAGGAUAUGAGCAUCCUCCUUUUUCAGAAAGUCAGAUUUUCAGUUUUCUCAGCUCACUUGAGCAGCUCUUUCAAAAAGAAAAGAAAGAACUUGAAAAUAAGAGACGAGAACAUAAAACUGAACAAGAGAGUCUCUUAAAAGAAACCAAUUCAUUCUUGCAGCAAAAAGAAAAUAGCGUCUCCAGGGUGAAAACCGCUAUGCAACGAAAGACCGUUUUAGAGAGCGAAGCAAAGAAACUUUCAGAGUCGAUUCGACACAUUUCUAUCACCGAAGCUGUGGUAUCUGACAUGGAAAGAGAAUAUUCAACUUUUGAAAAACAAGUUAGAGACAAAGAGGAGAACAAGGAGAUGGAUACUAUCAAGAAAGAAAUGGAAACAAACACUAAAAAUCAGAAAGAUUUGACCUUGAAAAUCACUAACCUUAACAAAGAACUAGCCUCGAGAGAAAAGGAAAAAGAUAUUUGUUUCAAAAUUCAGAAUUUUAGGGAGGAGCUUGUCAAGCAUAAUUCAAGUUUGAACGAAAAAUUCUCUGAAGUCAGAACGAAAUAUGAAACAGCUUUGGGAGGUGUUGACAAUGAAGUCACAGCUGCGAACGUUGAAGUUAAGAUCAAGGGACUGAUCAAGAAGGCAACUGACAAAGUUCAAACGCUUACUUCAUCGUUACAAAGCUUGGAGAAAUCUAUGUCUGUUCAAAAAUCAAAGCUAGACACUGCUAACAAUCAAGCACAAAAAAUCAAGAAUGAUAUUGAAAACAAGCAACAACAUGUGGCUGCAGUCCUCCCAGCAGGAAAGACUUGGGAUGAGGCAAUGAAACAAGCAGAAACGGAGGUGAACGAUCUAAGAAAUCGAGCAAGCAUUGAUGAAGCAUUAAAGCUUUGCUAUGAAAAAUUUAUUCUCCAUGCAAGCAGUCACAAAGAGUGCUUGGUUUGCGAGAGGCGAUUUCAUACCGAAGAAGAGUGCUCCAGUUUUGAAUCUCUACUACAAAGAAAAAUGGAACAAACACCUAAGCUAUUGAAAAAGACGAAAGAAAGACUUGAAUCAGCUAGCUCUGUAUUGGAAAAGCUUCGAGAAAUCAAACCUGUUGUUGCAGAUAUCGAACGAUUGAAAACCUCUGACCUUCCUCAAUUCGAGAUGGAAGCUUCUAACAUUAAGCAAGAAAUUACAAACCUCAAUGAAACGAUUGAAAAGCUGACAGAAGAAAUUAACCAAGCUAAGAAUGACGAAAAGAAGGCAAUAGAGCUUUUAAAUGGAUGCGGAGAAUUGAAAGUUUUGCAAAAUAGCAUCAAAAUCACGCAACAGCGUAUCACUGAACAAGAGACUGCUCUCAAAAACCUUGGUCUUCCACAAGAUCUUGUACCAUAUGAACAAGUGAAACAACAGUUAGAAGAUGCCCAAAGCUCACGAGAAAAGCUUACCCAUAGACAUUCCCAGUUACAACAGGAGCUCACAAAUUGUCAGAAUGAGCUUUCCAAAAUGAAAGACAAGUUGCGAGAAAAACUCACCAGCUUGCAAAAGGCUCAAUACGACUUGAAAGAGUUGAAGCGGCUUCAGGAUUCUCUUAAUGAAAAGCAAUCAGAAAUCAACCAAAAAGGUCAAGAAAUUGAAAAAAUUAACCUCGAAAUACCUACUCUUGAAGAGAAAUAUCAAUCAUACAAUAAGAUGUUAAACGAGAUGAAGGAAAAGCAUGGAAAGGAAGAAUUCAUGCUUGAGGGCUCAAUCACAGACUAUCAGCAAGACAUUUCCAAACUUAAUGUUUCCGUGCAAGAACUCAAGAAAUACAAGGAGAAGGGUAUUGAAGAAAAUUUGCAAAAUGUUGAAUCUAAAAUUACCAAGUUGGUGAUUCAGAUUGACGAGAAUCAAAAGGAAAAUGACAGGUUGUCUGAGCUUCUUAAAAAGUACAACAAAGGUCUUGAGAAGCAAAAUGUCAUUAAGCAAAACAUUGAAGACAAUUUGAAAUACAGACAAAAGAAAAGGGAGCUGACAAAUAUUAUUACCGAAUGUGAAACGUUGACCAAACAAAUCGAAAACAUUACAGGUAGCGAUGCAUCAUUGGACUCAUAUGAAGACAUCAAACAAUUGAAAGAAAAGCAAACUAAAUAUUCUAAUGAAAAAUCUCAAAUAUCAGGAAUGAGAAGCACAAUGAAAGGAAGAGUUAAGGACAUUCAAGAACAACUCAAUUCUGAUCAGUAUAAGGAUAUUGAAAACAAGUACAAGUCUUUACUCAUCAAGGUUGUUACAACAAAGCAUGCUGUAGAAGAUUUAGACAAGUACAUGAAGGCACUCGAAAAGGCUCUCACAAAAUACCACAGCAUGAAGAUGGCAGAGAUUAAUGAGAUUAUUAAGGAACUUUGGCAAAAAACAUAUCGAGGAAACGACAUUGACACCAUCAGCAUUAAGUGUGACACUGAAACAGAGUCUGCCAGAAAAACAUAUAACUAUCGUGUGGUCAUGGUCAAAGGCGAUGUAGAAUUGCCAAUGAGAGGUCGUUCUAGUGCUGGUCAAAAAGUUCUUGCUUGCCUUAUUAUUCGUCUUGCACUAGCUGAGGCAUUUAGUAUUGAUUGUGGAAUAUUGGCUCUAGAUGAACCUACAAAUGCCCUAGAUAUUGACAACGCCAACAGUUUAGCCGAGUCACUCCGAUUCUUGAUUGAAGACAGAAGAAAACUCUCCAACUUUCAAUUAAUUGUCAUCACUCACGACGAGGAAUUUGUAAGAAAAUUGGGUAGAAGUGAGUUGGCAGAACACUAUUACAGAAUUUCGAAAGAUCCUAGAACAGGCAGUUCCAUGAUCGAGCAGCAAAAAAUUGUUGAUUAG